AUCAACCAUUAUUAAUUACGACUUGAAUAAUUAGUCUCACCCUCAAUGCUUAGUCAACAAUCCAAAAAAUGUAUAAAGAGAGUCCAUCUUAUCAUCAUCACAUACAAAAUAUCAAAUUCCAACCAACCCUUACUUUCAAGUUCAAUCUAAUCAUCAAUCUCAUGGAGAAAAACCUUAAGCUGAAGAACAAAAUCUUGAAGAUAUUACCAAAAACAGUCACAGCUAUCACUUUAACAUUUCAAAACCAUCCAUUCAGUCCUAGUAAGGAUCACAAAUCUAAACCUCGUGGUGGUGUCAAGGGCUUUUCAGGUCCAAUCGUAACCAUAAAGCCUAAAAAUAUUGGAAAUGAUUAUGAAGAACCAACCUCACCAAAAAUAUCAUGCAUGGGACAAAUCAAACACAAGAAGAAACAACAGAAGAAAAAAAACAAAGACAUAGAGGUGAAGAAACGUGUGACCACCUUUCAAAAGAUGUUGUUUCAUGUCGGGAAGACAAAACCUGAUGCACGUGUGGUUCAUGAUAACAAGUAUGAGCUUGAGGAUGAAAGAACAACACAUCAUGUGAGUCAAAUGAAACGGUUUGCGAGUGGACGUGGCACUUUUGAUAAUUUUGAUUGGAAGGCUCAUGUGGGGGAAGAAGAAAUAGAUAAUUAUUAUUCAGAUGAAGAGAGAAUAGAGAGUGAUGAUGAUAAUGGUGAAGAUGAAGAGUUUAUGAUUCCAUUUUCUGCACCUAUUUUGGUUGGUGGUGGUGGUGAUCAUGGACUUGAUUUAAAGCCAAGAAAAGAGAUUAAUCUAUGGAAGAGAAGAACCAUGGCUCGACCUAGACCUCUUCAAUUGGAUCCAUUAAAUUAGAAUAAAUUGAUUCUUAAUUUUCUCAUAAAAUCGAGAGUUGUUUAUUGAUUUUGUUAUUUAUAUUGAUUUGAUUUAUUUUACUAGAACAUUUUGUACAGAACUAUUACAGCAGAUUUAGGUACAAACAUUUUUUUUAAAGGAGGUACAAAUAUAUGUAAUUGUGGACAUUUAUUGUGUUGAUAA